AUGUCUGUUUCUUCUAAAGAGAAGUCCUCAAACUCUGUGUCUCUUGAGCCCAACUCUCGAACAAAAGUCCUCCUUCGUCGCGGCAAAAUCAUCGACUUCCUCGCCAUAGGAAGGAUUGCGGCGCACACGUAUGGAGACACAUACCUGGAUGCAUACCUUUCUCCACAUUCUAAGGAACAUCCUAAUGCCUUCCGACGAGGAUAUCAACAGCGUGCCCUCCAACGAAUGCUGAGUCCUCGAAAUCUGACAUUCGUUGCAGUCGAGGAAUCAAAUCCAAGAGUGGUCGUCGGAUACGCUCAAUUCAUGCGACUAGGAGACGACGAAGGAGCGCAGAAACAAAUUGCUAGUCGUAAAAGAUUUUGGAUGCCGACCUCGUUGUGGCUGUGGAAUUGUAUUCUACCUUUUCUCUACUGGGGGGAUCGGGGGAAGUGUGAUGAUCCUCAUGCUGUGGCGGAGUUUCUUCGUGUCGGAGAUGAGGAAGCGAGGUUUUGGUUUGACAGGUAUCCUAUGAGGAGAAAUCGAUGGCAUGCGCAGAGUGUGGUCGUCUUACCACAGUUUCAAGGAAUUGGAAUUGGAAAGAGAUUAAUGGGUGAGGUUAUUAAGCGGGCUGAAGAGGAAAACGUUCCCGUGGGUAUAGAGGCAAGCAGUCAGGGCGAGAUGCUGUACAGAAGCGUUGGGUUUGAAUUACUGAGUAGGUUCAGACCGUUGAAAGGUAUGCAGGGGGGAAAUGAGGGGGGUAUUUUUAUGUGGAAGCCGAGUGAGUGGAUCGAGGCAAAUGAUGUGGUAGAGGAAAAAGAUAAAUCUAAAUAG